UGGUUUAAAUUUCAAAUUAAGAUAAAAUAAAAGAUUUUAUUAAAUGUCAAAGAAUAGUUGUUGUAACUUUAAAUUUAGACUAUGACUAGUAAUUUUAUUGUUUCUUUUAUUUUUUCAGUAAAAAACAUUGCUAUUAUACGUCAACAAUAAAUAUAGCAAUUUUUCGAUAAAAAAACUCUAACAUAGCAAUCUCCGUUUAUUAAUGGAAUCACAAUUUUCACGGGUGAAAAUAAAUGCCUAUAUAUCACCAUUCUUUGACAUGCAAAGCUUCAGCUUCACCAUCUUUUUCCAUCACGGAUUUUGAUCUCUUUGAUCUUCUAGGCUUUCUCUUUCAAUUGAUCACAUAUAAAAACCGCCUAUUGUGCCUCGCAAAGGCGAUGCCACCCUGAAAUUGCUGGAGCAGCAGGGCAUGACAUAUGGCCAUCAUUCUUAAUGAAGUUUACUCAGUUUUAUCUGAUCCACGGUCACCUGUGGCUUAUGACAAGGAACAAGCAGAGCUGCGUCGCUAUACUGGGAAACCUUUACUUUCUGUGUGGCUUGGAUCAGAAAAUGAGCAACGAGAAGCGUAUGUAGAUGAAGUCAAGUGUGUUGGUUGCUUAAAAUGUGCCUUGUUUGCGGGAAAAAAGGGAGGAAACUCUUUGCCACAGCAUGCUCAUUCAACAUGUUUCGGAAUUAUUUCGCGUAUGUACAUUCCAUUAUACUAUAUACUAGCCUAUAUUUACUAGCAACAGCAGAACCUGCGUUUUAA